UAUAAAGACGCCACACUUUUCCCUCUCAAUUACCCACCACCCCUCUCUCUCUCUCUCUCUCUCUCAUAUCGCCAAUUGUGUUGAAGAUGGAGAAGCUUAGUUUUGUAAAGAAUGGUGUGCUGAGAUUGCCUCCUGGCUUUCGUUUCCAUCCUACGGAUGAAGAGUUAGUGGUUCAGUACUUGAGACGAAAAGUGCUUGCUUGCCCUUUGCCUGCCUCUAUCAUACCCGAAGUCGAUGUUUGUAAAGCUGACCCUUGGGAUUUGCCAGGUGAUUUGGAGCAGGAGAGGUAUUUUUUCAGCACUAGAGAAGCCAAGUAUCCUAAUACCAAUAGAUCCAACAGAGCCACAAUUUCAGGUUACUGGAAAGCAACUGGAAUCGACAAACAAAUUGUAACAUCUAGGAGUAACCAAGCUGUGGGUAUGAAGAAAACUCUGGUUUUUUAUAGAGGAAAAGCCCCAAAUGGAUGUAGGACUGAUUGGAUUAUGCAUGAAUAUCGCGUUGUUAGCACCGAGACAGCUGCUUGCAAUGCCCCACCCAAUAAGAAGAACCAAACUCAGAACAAUGUGGUGCCGAUGGAAAAUUGGGUGCUGUGCCGUAUAUUCUUGAAGAAAAGAGGUGCUAAAAACGAUGAAGAAGGCCUGCAAUCUUGCAACCAAAGAAUUGGUAAAUUAAGGACAAGCAAGCCUGUCUUCUAUGAUUUCCUGACCAAAGACAGGACUGACUUAAACCUAGCCCCUUCUUCCUCGUCAUCUGUCUCCAGUGGGAUCACCCAAGUUUCAAAUAAUGACGCGGAUGACCACGAGGAAAGCAGUUGUUGCAAUAGUUUUCCUUAUUUCAGAAGAAAACCUUAAAAAGUCACAGUUCACACCCCUUUUUUUGUUUUUUUCUCUUUUCCUGCCUGUACCAGUAGCUCGGAUUCUGAUUAGCCAAUCAGUGUAACAUCUUCAAAGAAAAGAAAAGAAAAAACUAGUCUAGUGUUUGGUAAUUUAUGUCUUUGUGUCUCUUUGUCUGUGAUUAUAAGGAAGAGAUAGAAUUCGGCAUUAACUAUUAAAUGAAAGAGCAAACCGUGUUAUAAAACAUGGUUAUCCCCUUUUAAUGUAAUCUCUAAAUGUUAUCAAGUUAGUGAUAUUACCCUCCUUUUGGUA